AUGCCCCUGCGCUGCGGGCCGCCGCCCGCGCUGCGGGCUGGGGCCGAGCGGAGUGGCGUGGCGCUGCCGACCGAGGGGGCGCUGCGCGGCACUUGGGGUUGGGGGGCCUCGAAGUCGGGGACUUCGGGCGUGCCGGCGCGGCGGAGCUCCGGAGGGUGCGGCGCGCUCGCCCAGAUGACGUUCCACCACCUGCCCGCCCUGGCGCAGGAGCAGACGCGCAGGGCGGCGCCGAGCUGCAAGCGCCGUCAGCCCUUGGCGGCAUGCGGGGGGACUUUGCGGGCUGCGACGCGGCCGUGGUCCUGUUCCUGCAAGCCGCUGCUUGCGGAUCGUGGCGCCGACAGCCUGGCCGCGGCAGCAGCAGUGCCGGCGCCGGCAGCAGUCGGCCAGCGCCCUCCUGGGGACGCCACCACUGGCGCGGCCAUCGUGCUCGCAAGCGCGCCCAGGGCCGAGCUCGGGGACAGCGCGGGCGGCCCGCCACCGGCGCCGCAGGCCGCGCCGUACUGCAGAUGCGGCGACGGCUGCCCCUGGCAUGCCCUCGGUCGCUGUCGCUUCGCGCAUCUCCCGGCCAGCCGGCCGAUGUCUGCAGGGCCGUCGCUGCUGGGCGCGCGGGCGCUGCCGCAGGGCUCUCGCGGCUGGGGGCUGCGCCAGCUCUUUGCCGACUGGGCCUGCCAGUGCCAGUGCGAGACGGUCAUCGUCCACGACCCGUGCCUAACAGCGGUUCGCCGCAGCCCAGACGUCCACUCGGCGUGGUUCUUCUGGGGCGACGAGAGCUUCGAGGCCAUGAUGGCUAGCGCGGGCCUGGGCAGUGUCACCGACGUGGCCUUGCUUGAGGAGCUGAUUUCCGUUCUCGACGCGGCG